CUCUAGUGACAUAUUUACGUAAACAGACGCAAUAAAAUCGCGAAAUUUGAUAAUAAUUAACACCGCAGCCUGCAAAUGUCAAAGCAUACAUUAAUAGGCGGUGGCACUGGCUAUAUUGGUAGACACCUUGGCAAACAUUUGUCCCAGCAAGGCUAUGAAGUAACAGUAAUUUCUCGCAUGCCGGGCAUAAAACGCAUUACCUGGCAUGAACUAGAAAAGAACGGCAUACCCAGUUCCGUAAGCUCUGUUGUCAAUUUGACCGGCCAGAAUGUGUUAGAUCCGACAAGGAGGUGGACGCCGGGGUUUAAACAGAAUGUCUGGAACUCCCGCGUUAAUUCGACGAAGGCACUCUGCAAGGCCAUCAGUGAAGCCCCUCAUGUCUGCUCCUUUGUUAGUAUGUGUGGCGUCAGCCACUACCCGCCCUCGCCUGUGAAGGUGUACACGGAAGAGGAUAAGGUGGAGAGCUACGACUUUAUGUCGCGUCUGUGCAUCGCUUGGGAGGAGGCAGCCAAUCUAAACAAUAACACACCUAAGGCCAAGUGUACCAUAGUGCGCACGGGUGUGGUUGUGGGCGAGCCUGAUGGAGGCAUGAUCAAAUCGAUUUGGCUGCCUUUUAAAUUGGGACUAGGCGGUCCCAUGGGCAGCGGUGCUGAGAUUUUACCUUGGAUACAUAUGGAGGAUCUGUGUCGCCUGAUACAGCACAUAAUAGAAAAGGGUGAAGCCGGGGUGAUGAAUGCAGUCGCACCAGAAAUUGUAACCACCAAGGGCUUCUCUCAGGACUUUGCCAAGGCGCUUAACCGGCCUUGCUUGUUCAACAUACCGGAGUUCGUGGUCGACAUGAUCUUUGGCAAGGAGCGUGCUGCGCUCCUUUUAAAUGGUGCUAGGAUUCAGCCAAAAAAUGCGUUGAAGUCAGGCUUUGAGUUUAAAUAUCCCACCGUUAAGGAUGCCGUUACGGAGAUCGCACAAAAGUAAACUGAAUAAUCAGGCUCACAAGCAUACAAUAUAUGUGAAAGGGAUUGUAAAAAUGAUUGACACUGAGUUUUAUAGUGAUUAGGAUAUUUAUGUUGUAGAUAAUUUGUAACUUUUAGCAAAAUAAAAUCAAGGCCCUGAUACUCAUAA